AUUUUCCUUGAUAAGCAUAUCUAUUGAAAACACACACUUAUUUUCUUUCUUCUCUCUCUUUCUAAAAAAAACAACUUGUGCCCGUGUCUCUCUAUCUCUCUCCUCUAACGGGUACCAAUCGACGAUUAGUCCAAAAUCGCCUCGUCGUCUUCCGCUCAAAUCGGAACGACGGUAAUCUCACCGUCCGGCUCUUCUAAGCUACCACCGACGGCGACACACGAACUUGUGGUCCAAACCCGAAUCCCUUAAGAAACCGAAACCGAAACCCGGACCAGGAAACUACCUUUUUUUCCCAACAAAUUUUAGCCGCCGGCGAUUGACUUACCGGCGAAUGGAAAGGAUUCUGGAGAGAUUGCAGGAGAGUUGACAAGAAGCUACCUGCUGCAUUGUGUUUGUAUGACGCAUAUCUGAUAGUAAGAGGUGGUAAUAAUUUUUUAAGAAAUUCCACGUGAGAGGAUGGCUUUUUUUAGGAACUAUCCAAACCAAACAGUUUCACAUGGUGUACUUGAAGAAAAAGGCCAGGGACAGCGAAUUGGUAGAAUGGUGGGGAAUGAUGAUAUAGAUGUUACUUCAAGUGAGCGAGAAUUUGAUAUCAAUGUUGAUGCGCAAUAUGAGAGUGAAGGGGAAGAUACUGGUCGGAUGCAGGGUGAUGCAGCUCCUGACAAUGGAGUUGGUGCGAGUAAUUCACAUGUUCAGUCUUCAGGAAGAAGAAAUGCAACUGGAAAAUGGGGUUCAACUUUUUGGAAGGACUGCCAACCUCUUGGUGCUCAAGCGGCAUCUGAUUCUGGGCAUGAUUCAAAAUCAGACUAUAAAAAUGCAGAAGGGUCAGAGGAUAAUAUAUCAGAUGGAAGGGAUGAUAGAUUAGAGUCAGAAGAUGAAGAUGGGCAAAAAGAAGUUGGUAAGGGGCAAAAGGGCCACUCAGAUGUCCCUGCAGAUGAAAUGUUGUCUGAUGAAUAUUAUGAGCAGGAUGGGGAAGAUCAAAGUGAUUCUAUGCACCACAAAGGAUUUAACCACUCAACUGGGUUGUUUUCUAGGGCUCAUUCAAAACCUGUACCUCUUAAUAACAAUUUCUCCAGGAGUUCAAGGGCUUUAUGCAACAACAAUGAUGACGACGACGACGACAAUGAUGACACUAAUGAUGAUGGUGAUGCUGAUUACGAAGAAGAGGAUGAGGAAGAUGAAGAUGAUCCUGAUGAUGCAGACUUUGACCCUGAUUAUGGUGUUGCUAGUGGCCAUGCAGCGAACAAGGAUAAAGACUGGGAUGGUGAAGAUUCGGAUGAAGAUGAUGAUAUUGAUGAUGAUAUUAAUGUCUCAGACGAAGAUGAUUCAUGCUACAUGAAGAAGUCCAAGGGUAGGCAACAAAGUAAAGGCACAUGUAAUGCAAAAUCUUCCAGAGAAAUCAAGUCAUUACAUGCUUCAAGUCGACAAAAGAGGGGAAAAAUGUCAUUUGAAGAGGAUGAGUAUCCAGCAGAGGACUCUGACAGUGACAGUGAUGGGGAUUUUAAGAGAAUGACAAGGAGAGUGCAUAUCCGCAAAUCUAAUGCUAGAUCCACUAUGUCGAUGGAUCUCAAUGGCAGAAAUAAUGAGGUUCGGACAUCUAGUAGGUCGGUUCGAAAGGUAUCAUAUGUUGAAAGUGAAGAAAGUGAAGAAAUUGAUGAAGGGAAAAAGAAAAAGCCCCAGAAGGAAGAAAUUGAAGAGGAAGAUGGCGACUCCAUUGAAAGAGUGCUUUGGCAUCAGCCAAAGGGCAUGGCUGAAGAUGCUAUAAGGAACAAUCAAUCAACAGAGCCUGUUCUGUUAAGCCACUUAUUUGAUUCUGAACAAGAUUGGAAUGAGAUGGAGUUCUUAAUCAAAUGGAAAGGCCAGUCACAUUUGCACUGUCAGUGGAAAUCUUUUGCUGAAUUACAAAAUCUGAGUGGUUUUAAGAAGGUGUUGAACUACAUGAAAAAAGUGAAUGAAGAUGUGAAGUAUCGGAGAAUGCUUACACGCGAGGAGAUUGAGGUCAAUGAUGUGAGUAAGGAAAUGGAUUUGGAUAUAAUCAAGCAAAAUAGUCAGGUGGAGAGAAUUAUUUCCGAUCGAAUCAGUAAUGAUAGCUCUGGGAAUGUUGUGCCAGAAUACUUAGUCAAGUGGCAAGGACUGUCUUAUGCCGAGGCAACCUGGGAAAAGGAUACAGAUAUAGAAUUUGCACAAGAUGCAAUUGAUGAAUACAAGGCACGUGAGGCUGCAAUGGCUGUACAAGGGAAAAUGGUGGAUCUGCAGCGAAAGAAAGGCAAAGCAAGUUUAAGGAAGCUUGAUGAACAGCCAGAAUGGUUGAGAGGAGGAAAGCUUCGUGAUUAUCAGCUAGAGGGGUUGAAUUUUCUUGUUAAUAGCUGGAGAAAUGAUACAAAUGUCAUUUUAGCUGAUGAGAUGGGUCUGGGAAAAACAGUGCAGUCAGUAUCCAUGCUUGGUUUUUUACAGAAUGCACAGCAGAUCCCUGGGCCAUUUCUUGUUGUUGUGCCGUUAUCCACUUUGUCCAACUGGGCUAAAGAAUUUAGGAAGUGGCUUCCUGAUAUGAAUGUUAUUGUGUAUGUUGGUACACGUGCCAGCAGAGAGGUUUGUCAGCAAUAUGAAUUCUAUAAUGAUAAGAAAGCUGGGCGGCCUAUAAAAUUUAAUGCACUGUUGACUACAUAUGAAGUUGUUCUGAAGGAUAAGGCAGUCCUAUCCAAGAUCAAGUGGAAUUAUCUCAUGGUUGAUGAAGCUCAUAGGUUGAAAAAUAGUGAGGCACAGUUGUACACAUCCCUAUCGGAAUUUAGCACCAAGAACAAGUUGUUAAUUACUGGAACUCCUUUACAGAACAGUGUGGAAGAACUUUGGGCUCUGCUUCACUUCCUUGAUUCUGACAAGUUCAGGAGCAAGGAAGAUUUCGUUCAAAAUUACAAGAACCUGAGCUCAUUUAACGAAAGUGAGCUUGCUAAUUUGCAUAUGGAAUUGAGGCCUCACAUUCUCAGAAGAGUUAUCAAGGAUGUAGAGAAAUCUUUGCCACCAAAGAUUGAACGUAUUCUGAGGGUUGAGAUGUCCCCGCUCCAGAAACAGUACUAUAAAUGGAUUUUGGAACGCAACUUUCAUGACCUGAACAAAGGAGUUCGUGGAAAUCAGGUUUCGCUUUUAAAUAUCGUUGUAGAAUUGAAAAAAUGCUGCAAUCAUCCCUUCCUAUUUGAAAGUGCAGAUCAUGGUUAUGGUGGGGAUUCUGGCAUUAAUGAUAGCAGCAAGUUGGAAAGGAUUAUUUUGAGCAGUGGAAAGCUGGUUAUACUUGACAAGUUACUUGUCAGGUUGCAUGCCACAAAACAUCGUGUUCUGAUUUUUUCCCAGAUGGUUAGAAUGUUGGAUAUACUGGCAGAAUAUAUGUCGCUUAGGGGUUUCCAAUUUCAAAGGCUAGAUGGUAGUACAAAGGCCGAGUUGCGUCAGCAGGCUAUGGAUCACUUUAAUGCACCUGGCAGUGAUGAUUUCUGCUUCCUUCUUUCAACUCGAGCUGGUGGCCUAGGCAUCAAUCUUGCUACAGCUGACACAGUUAUAAUAUUUGAUUCAGACUGGAAUCCCCAAAAUGACUUGCAGGCAAUGAGUAGAGCUCAUAGGAUUGGGCAGCAAGAAGUAGUUAACAUUUAUAGAUUUGUCACUAGCAAGAGUGUUGAGGAGGAUAUUCUGGAGCGAGCUAAGAAAAAGAUGGUUCUUGACCAUUUGGUGAUCCAAAAAUUAAAUGCGGAGGGUAGAUUGGAAAAGAAAGAAGCAAAGAAAGGGAGUUACUUUGAUAAAAAUGAGCUUUCUGCAAUUUUAAGAUUUGGUGCAGAGGAACUGUUUAAAGAGGAUAGAAAUGAUGAAGAGAGCAAGAAGAGACUAUUAAGUAUGGAUAUUGAUGAAAUCCUUGAAAGAGCGGAGAAGGUUGAAGACAAGGAGGCUGGGGGAGAGGAAGGGAAUGAAUUGUUGAGUGCUUUUAAGGUUGCCAAUUUCGGUAGUGCUGAAGAUGAUAGGACUUUUUGGAGUCGUUGGAUAAAACCUGAAGCAGUUGCUCAAGCUGAAGAAGCUUUGGCCCCUCGUGCUGCAAGGAACAACAAGAGUUAUGCUGAGGCGAAUCAAUCUGAGAGAAGUAACAAAAGGAAAAAGAAAAAUUCUGAGCUUCUGGAACCACAAGAGCGAGUGCAUAAACGUCGCAAAGCAGAUUAUUCUGCUCUUUCAGUCCCAAUGAUUGAUGGAGCAUCUGCGCAAGUGAGGGAAUGGUCUCAAGGAAAUCUGUCCAAGAGAGAUGCAUUACGCUUUUCUCGUGCGGUUGUGAAAUUUGGGAAUGCAAACCAAAUAGACUUAAUAGUUGCAGAGGUUGGUGGAUCAGUGGCAGCAGCUCCCCCUGAUGCACAGAUUGAGCUUUUUGAUGCUCUGGUAGAUGGUUGCAAAGAAGCAGUUGAUGGAGGAAAUAUGGACCCAAAGGGUCCUUUGUUGGACUUUUUUGGCGUCCCUGUGAAGGCUAAUGAUUUGCUGAACCGUGUUCAAGAACUUCAGCUACUAGCAAAGCGAAUUAGUCGUUAUGAGAACCCCAUUGCACAAUUUCGAGUUCUAAUGUAUCUCAAACCUUCAAACUGGUCUAAGGGUUGUGGCUGGAACCAGAUCGAUGAUGCAAGACUGCUCUUGGGAAUACAUUAUCACGGAUUUGGCAAUUGGGAAAAGAUAAGGUUAGAUGAAAGGCUUGGCCUCUCAAAGAAGAUUGCUCCAGCAGAACUACAGCACCAUGAGACCUUCCUGCCACGUGCUCCAAAUUUGAGGGACCGUGCAAAUGCACUUCUGGAAAUGGAACUUUCUGUUGUUGGUGGGAAGAGUGCCAAUGCUAAGGUGGGUCGUAAGGCUUCCAAGAAGCAGAAGGAAAACGUUGUCAACAUCUCUGUAUCUCGCAGCAGGGUCAAGAAAAGAAAACCUGGUUCUUCUAUGGUUGGUGUCCAUAUGGGAAAGAAUCGACCUCAGAAACCUCAGAGAGCUGAGCAGUUGGUGAAAGAGGAGGGUGAAAUGUCAGAUAAUGAGGAAUUAUGUGAACAGUUCAAGGAAGUGAAAUGGAUGGAAUGGUGUGAAGAUGUCAUGGUUGAUGAAAUUAAAACCCUUAGACGCCUCCAAAGGCUUCAAACAACCAGUGCAGACCUUCCAAAGGAAAAGGUGCUUUUGAAGAUUCGGAAUUACCUACAGCUUAUUGGGCGGAGGAUAGACCAAAUUGUUUUAGAAUAUGAGGAAGAGUUUUAUCGGCAAGACAGGAUGACUAUGCGAUUAUGGAACUAUGUCUCUACCUUUUCAAAUUUAUCAGGGGAGAAACUUUAUCAGAUUUAUUCUAAACUUAAGCAGGAGCAGGAGCAGGAGGAAGCAGGGGUUGGACCCUUCCACAUGAAUGGUUCUGCAUCUGGUACAGUGGACAGAGAUGGUGAUGCCAAUUAUUUUCCUUUGACACGCCACGUUGAGAGGCAAAGAGGGUACAAAAACAUGAAUGCCUAUCAAAUGUCAGAAUCAAUUCAAAAAGGUCAUGAUAAUGGGAAAUUUGAAGCAUGGAAACGGCGGAGAAGAGCUGAAGCUGAUGCUCAUCCCCAACUUCAACCGCCCUUGCAAAGACCAACUAGUAAUGGUAACCGUUUAACGGAUCCUAAUUCAUUGGGGAUUCUUGGGGCUGCACCAUCUGAUAGUAGGCUUUUUAAUAGCGAGAGACCUUUUCGGAUGCGUAAAACUGGUUUUCCUCCAAGACAGAAUUUCUCAUCAGGGAUAAAGUAGUAGUAGCAUUUUGAUGGAAGAAGAGCGGCUGAUCGAAAACUGAUUUCUGUGGCUUUCUCGGGUCGCAACAUUGCAUUAGCCAUUGGCCAUACUGUGGAAUUCUUUGUCUACAUCAAAAUAAGAACUUUCAGCAUCCUCUCUGUUUUAUAUGUAGCUGAUCACAAGCUUUCCGUCAGAUGGGCAAUUUUCAUCUGUGAAAAGGCGGCUGAGAAGAAGACCAAACUUGAUUAACAUGAGCAAGGUGCAUCUUGCAGCAAUUUUUUUGUCCGUUAGGAAAUGAGUCCAGUAAAUUGUUUACGUAUAUAGUGAAGAAUUAGUGGAAAGGAAUUUUAGCGUCUAAUUCAAUUUGAAAUAUACAUACAUGAGCUGGACAAUUUACAUGUAUUCUGCCAUGUGGGAAUUGUACAUUAUCAGUUUUGCGUAGCUCCGAACUCUCGUUUUCCCCUUGUUUCCAAUUCUGAAAGAAUGUUCAGGCUUGGUUCCUUCGUCAUUUCUUAUGAAAUAAUGUAUAUUCUUGAGCCUA